CCCUCCUCUGUCAGGAGUCAUGCUCCCAUAAACCCUAAAACUUCACACUCCACCCCCACCAGGAUGGUAGAAGCUCCACAGCCCAACUCCACCUUCUUACGCCCAACCUUCUUCCUACUGACUGGCAUUCCAGGGAUAGGGAGUGCCCAGGCCUGGGUAACACUAGUCUUUGGACCCAUGUACCUGCUGGCCCUGCUGGGCAAUGGAGCAUUGCUGGCAGUAGUGUGGAUAGACACCACUCUGCACCAGCCCAUGUUCUUUCUCCUGGCUGUUCUAGCAGCCACAGACCUCGGCUUAGCCACAUCUAUAGCCCCAGGGCUGCUGGCUGUGCUGUGGCUUGGGCCCCAGCCAGUGCCAUAUGCUGCCUGUCUGUUCCAGAUGUUCUUUGUACAUGCACUGACUGCCAUGGAAUCUGGUGUACUGUUGACCAUGGCCUGUGAUCGUGCUGUGGCGGUAGGAAGUCCACUGCACUAUUCUAUCCUAGUCACCAAAGCCCGUGUGGGCUAUGUAGCCCUGGCACUAGCAGUAAAAGCAGUGGCUAUUGUUAUACCCUUCCCUCUGCUGGUGGCACAAUUUGGGCACUUCCGAGCCAAGACUAUAGGCCAUGCCUACUGUGCACACAUGGCAGUGGUAGAGCUGGUAGUGGGUAACACACAAGCAAACAACUUGUAUGGGCUGGCACUUUCACUGGCUGUGUCAGGUUUGGAUAUCCUGGGUAUCACCAGCUCCUAUGGACUCAUUGCCCAUGUUGUGCUACGGCUGCCUACCCAGGAGGCACGUGCCAAGGCCUUUGGUACGUGUAGUUCCCACAUCUGUGUCAUUCUGACCUUCUAUGUGUCGGGUCUCUUCUCCUACCUCACACACCGCUUUGGUCGUCACACUGUCCCAAAGCCUGUACACAUCCUCCUCUCCAACAUCUACUUGCUGCUGCCACCUGCCCUCAACCCCCUCAUCUAUGGGGUCCGCACCAAGCAGAUCAGGGACCGGCUCCUAGAAACCUUCACGUGCACAAAAAGCCAGUUCUAGUGGGCAGUGUGUUACAGGUUAAACUGUG